AAAAAAAAAAAAAAAAACCUGAAACAAGAAAGAGUGGGAUUCUUUUCAGCGCUCCAAUCAAGAAAGCAUCCGAAACAAAUGGACGGCGCGCAACCACCAAACGGCUCAAACCCGGAGGCGGACGAUCAAACGGUCGAAAUCGAUCCAUCAAGCACCAUCCUGGACCUAACCAGCUUUCAGCUUCAUGAUCUCAGCUCAGUGGAUUUAUCUUCGAGUCUCGCCGAGUUAGACCUGACCGCUAAUCGGCUAUCGAGCUUGGACCCUAGAAUCGCUCAUCUCUCGAACCUGAAAAAGCUCUCUCUCCGUCAAAACCUCAUCGACGAUGCUGCUGUUGAGCCUUUCUCUCGCUGGGACUCGUUAUCCGCUCUCCAGGAGCUGGUGUUAAGGGAUAAUAAGCUAAAGAAAAUACCGGAUAGCGGCAUAUUCAAGAAUCUUUUGGUUUUUGAUGUUUCUUUCAAUGAAAUUACUUCGUUGCAUGGAUUGUCUAAAGUCUCAAAUACCCUCAAGGAACUUUAUGUAUCUAAAAAUGAAGUUACUAAGAUAGAGGAGAUUGAUCACCUUUAUCAGUUGCAAAUUCUCGAACUUGGUUCCAACAGAUUACGGGUGAUGGAGAGCAUGCAAAAUUUUACAAGUUUACAGGAGCUGUGGCUGGGAAGAAAUCGUAUCAAAGUAGUUAAUCUAUGUGGGCUGAAAUGCAUCAAGAAGCUUAGCUUGCAAAGCAACCGUGUAACUUCUAUGAAAGGGUUUGAGGAAUGUGUUGCUUUAGAAGAACUGUACUUGAGCCAUAAUGGUAUUGCCAAAAUGGAAGGCUUGUCAACCUUGGUCAACCUCCGUGUACUCGAUGUAUCAUCUAACAAGCUAACUUCAGUGAAUGAUAUUCAGAACCUUACCCAGUUAGAGGAUCUGUGGCUCAAUGACAACCAAAUAGAAUCACUUGAAGGCGUUUCUGAGGCAGUCGUCAGUUCAAGAGAGAAACUAACAACUAUCUACCUUGAAAACAAUCCAUGUGCAAAGUCUACAAGCUACUCUGCCUUUUUGAGACAGAUUUUUCCAAAUAUUCAGCAAAUUGACUCCAGUGUGUUUGCUUAGAAGUUUGCUGAGUCCUGAGUUUUUCUUGGUUGGACAGCUCUCUCUUCAAGGUCAAAUCCUCUUUGGGUGCCAUUAUGCUACAAGUUUUUCUUUCAGGAGAGAGAACUGCUUUUGCAAGGACAUUACGGAUGCAAAUUUUAGGCAUUACUCUGGUAUCAUAUUAUCACAAAUACCAGAAAUUUUCAAAGGAGUCGUAUUUUGUUGUUUGUUUUGAUUUCUCAGGCAUGCUUAUUUACCUUUUUUUUCUCCUCCAACAUCACAUUUAAAGUGACUAUAUUGUUGUUUCCCAUUUAAUCUUCUGUUAGUUUUAUGUAUUGUAAAAGUUUUGCUUAUUUUUGGGAAUGUAGGAAGAACUCUUCUUACAACGAAUAUCGUAAUGGGAAAUGAAUUGUGGAAGUUUGUUCA